CCACUCGGGUGCCUAGAUGCGCGCCGGCGGUGGCACGUGUGUGUAUGGUGGUUGCGCGCGAUCUGCGUGUAAACCUGUAGGAUGGCUGCUGUGGGAGUCGCGUGGCUGAGGUGGCGACAAGGAAGGGCCGCCUCAGGGGCGGGGAAAGCUCGGACUGGGGAGAGAGGCGGAGUCUGCUGGCCCCGCUCCGCUGCCCUAUUAUUGGGCCGGCGUGGAGUAAAACAGCCUCGGGCCGCCAAGAGCAGCUGCCGAGGAAGGGCUGUUCGAGGGUUAUCGACGAUGUACGAUUCGCACCGGAUAGCGGAACCAAAAAGCGGGGUGUCAGGGGCGAGCCGAGCCCUUGUGGAAGCCCGACCGGAAGCGAGGUUUUGUGCACGCCCCUUCCGGCCAGCUCAGUCCGUCCCGGGGGCUCUGGAGCGUCGUCGAGAUGGUGCUGCUCACGAUGAUUGCGCGGGUGGCGGACGGGCUGCCGUUGGCGGCCUCUAUGCAAGAGGACGAGCAGGCCGAGACUUGCAGCAGUACCAGAGCCAAGCCAAGCAGUUGUUCCGGAAGCUCAAUGAACAGUCUCCGACCAGGUGCACUUUGGAAGCAGGAGCGAUGGCUUUUCAUUAUAUCAUUGAGAAAGGAGUGUGUUACCUGGUUCUUUGCGAAGCUGUCUUCCCCAAAAAGCUGGCCUUCGCUUACCUGGAGGAUUUGCACUCGGAAUUUGAUGAACAGCAUGGAAAGAAGGUGCCCACAGUGUCGAGGCCCUAUUCUUUCAUUGAGUUCGACACUUACAUCCAGAAAACCAAGAAACUUUAUAUCGACAGUCGUGCAAGAAGAAACCUUGGUUCCAUCAACACAGAGUUACAGGAUGUCCAGAGGAUCAUGGUAGCCAACAUUGAGGAAGUCUUACAGCGAGGCGAGGCACUUUCAGCUCUUGAUUCCAAGGCUAACAACCUGUCCAGUUUGUCCAAGAAAUAUCGCCAGGACGCAAAAUAUCUGAACAUGCGCUCCACCUACGCCAAGCUUGCUGCUGUUGCUGUGUUUUUUAUCAUGCUGAUUGUCUAUGUCCGGUUCUGGUGGCUGUAAAUAGUUACCAGGCACCCAAAAGGGAAAACUGUUAGCAUAGCAGGUGCAUAGUUGCAAGAGGCCAAGAUCCCAGGACUAUAUAUCGGAAUCACCAUGGGUGUAUCUUGUGGUGAAGAUUGCUGCUCCUCUCCAGUGAAUCAGUUCCAAAAUAUCUGAGCCUUUUGAAGGAUUUGCAUCUAGAAAUGAUACACUUGAGAGAGAAAACCAAUACCCUAUGCGUCCUCAUUCCCAGUAGCAGUGCUUUGAUCAGGUAAGCUCUUUUGAUUCCUUUUGUUUACUCCAGCACUCGCUUAAAGCAGUAGAGUGCGAUCCCUUUGGUUCCUGUACACCAAAGUCUAGCCCUAAUAGGAUAAAGGAGUCGCCAAAGGAACGAUUCCCUAGGCCAACUCAGCUAUUAUUUUAAUUGAGGAAUCUGGGGUCCGCGCACGCUUUACUUGAACAGAAAUGUCUGUUUGAAGGCGAAGUCUUUAAUGUAUAUAACCGUGUUAGUUUUCAGAUUGUCCAGUUAGUGCUGAAUUUUCACUAUGAAAUAUCUCGGCUCGUCAUACUUUGAACCCAGCUAAGUAGACAUGGUAUUCUGCCUUACCGGACUGCGUCCAAGUGCUUAAGUGAAGUGUUGAAAUCAUUGUCUUAGAAUUAAAUUCAGAAUAUGAUCCAUUUUCUCUUCAGAGAAAUCUGUUUGGGAACCUUAACGAAAACUAGACGUUCUCUGUACAUGUUAGGAGCAGUUGCUGAAGAAUCGUCUGUUGCAUUUUGAUUCUUUAAAGUAAAUGGCAUUGUUUUGUCAAGCUGUCUCCUCCAUACACAUACUUUCCAACAAGGCCCUCUGAACACCCCAACUUAAAAAGCUCCACAGAGGUACAGGCCUCAUCUCGAGAGCUUGAUAGUUUGUCUCCUGGGGGAAAAAUAGUUUCCUUAUCAGUCUCCUAGAUCUUGGUCUGUUUUCUGCACCUGUAAGGUAGAAAAAAUGUCAUUUCUGUGGUCCGGAACUUCUCUGUGCAGACUAAGGUUUGUAAAGUCCUCUUUGAGGAUGGGUCUGUGUUCUGUAAGUGAAAGGGCCUUCGAACAUUCGUGUAGUCUGAAAAGCAAAUACAUUGUGUUCCUAGAUGGGAAAUAGUGGAACUGCCUUCCUGGGUACUGUUAUAAUACCUGAGGCAAGGUAGGAGGCUGGGUUUUGUGGUAGCAAAUCUAGCCCUGACUUCUGGAUGAGGGCGGCUGGCUGGCAGAUUCUGCCGAAUCCCUGAAAGCUUUAUUUCAACUGACCUUAUGACGUGUAGAAGUCUCUACAUGACUUGAAAUGUUGGACAGAAAUGCAGGCAGUAUUUCUUGAUUAAAGUGCUCCCCAGCGUUGACUGACAAGUUGUGAGGCAAGUUUGCUACAGUUCUCAAAUAUUAGCAGUGAAACAAGCACAUUAAAGUGAAUCUUUGCA